ACGACACACACAGACCUCCAGCAGCAUGUGAGUCGACAGGUUGUGUACACAGAGGAAGUAGACAGAAAUGUUUAUAGCUAAAUAGAUUUGCUAAGAAUAAUAUCUAGCAGGCAAAGGCACUCAGACUACGCCAUGUCAAGUACAACAAUUGCAAAUACCGGCUUUUAAAGCAGGAUAUGUCGGUAGACUGAUUUUUAACUCGCAGUUGCAUGCCAGCUAACUUAACGUUAACAAGACCAAAAAAGCAACCUGUUGGAGUUAUCAGGGAGCUGAAUGGCCUCUGUGGUGGCCUCUGUUGUGACUGUGAAAACCGAGAAGCGACCAGCUCAUGCUGAUACUCAGGAUGUUGACUCCAACACCAAAAAACCCAGGAUUUGGGAACCAUCAAUGGAACCAUCACUCAAUCUCUGCCUGCCCCAAAGGAAACUGCUGCCCAGCCUGAAGACCAAGCGGGCGCCCGAGCUGGUCCUAGUUAUUGGUACAGGGGUGAGUUCAGCUGUGGCCCCUCAGGUCCCCGCGUUGCGCUCCUGGAAGGGUUUGAUCCAGGCCUUGUUGGAUGCGGCCAACGACUUUGACCUCCUCGAGGAAGAGGAGAGUAGGCGUUUUCAGAAGAGCCUGCAGGAGGACAAGAACCUAGUCCACGUGGCUCAUGACCUCAUCCAGAAGCUCUCUCCGAGAACAGGCAAUGUGCGGUCCACCUUCUUCAAGGACUGCCUGUACGAGGUGUUUGACGAUCUGGAGUGUAAGAUGGAGAACGCGGGGAAGCACCUUCUCCGCUCCGUACUGCAGUUGAUGGAGAGUGGAGCGCUGGUUCUCACCACCAACUUUGACAACCUGCUGGAGAUCUACGCAGCCCACCAGGGAUCGAAGCUGGAGUCUCUGGACCUAACCGAUGAGAAGAAGGUCCUGGAGUGGGCUCAGGGGAAGAGAAGUUUGAGUGUUUUGCACAUUCACGGCGUUUACACGAAUCCCAGCGGUAUUGUACUGCACCCUGCUGGCUACCAGAAUGUACUGAGGAACACGGAGGUCAUGAGGGAGAUCCAGAAACUGUAUGAGACCAAGUCGUUUGUGUUCCUGGGCUGCGGGCGCACGGUGGACGACACCACCUUCCAGGCUCUGUUCCUGGAGGCGGUCAAACACAAGUCGGACCUGGAGCACUUCAUGCUGGUGCGGCGUGAGGACGUGGGAGAGUUCAAGAAGCUGCGGGACAACAUGCUAGACAAGGGCAUCAAGGUCAUCUCUUACGGCAAUGAAUAUUCCGACCUGCCUGAGUACUUUGAACGGCUGGCCAACGAGAUCUGCAACCGCGACGCUGUCACUAACGGCUGGGGAUCUCCCUCCGAAGAAGAAGAACAGGAAACCCAGAAUGGCUUUCAUUCACAGAAAAGCCUCCAAGACUAUCCUUCUUGACAGGCACAAAACAGACAGGAGUAUCAGUCAUUUUCAUCCACAGUUCCUUCAAUCCACUUAUACUCAGGUUUCAUUAGAUCUACUACUCCGCCAGGCAAAUAUGGGCCAGAAGAGACCCAUGUUACUACUCUAGUCACCCGCUUAUUGUUUUUAUUUUCACCUUUACCGGUUGUCAUGACAAAAGGAAAGACCCAGCCAAGGAGCUAACAGGAAAGUAAACUGUUAAAGCAGCUGGCAACCCAAUCUAAGUGUUUCCCUACACCCUAACAUCUGGAAUAGGAUGUUGGCAAGGGAAAUGGAAGACUGAUGGAUGUGUGAAGUAGGGAUGCCGUAAGGACAGGUCCCUGACCUGGAUUCUCGCUCAACAUAAUUUGGAAAUGAAUCCUGUCCUGAAUGAAUGGCUGCAGAGUCCUGAGGACCUUGAUAUGCUAAAGACUCCCUGAAUUUGAAGAGAAGCAGGCGUGGCAAAAAUGUAGCACAACAUAUCCACAUCAGAGGAGGCUGGUGGAAUGCGCUAUAGGAGGAUGGCUCAUUGUAAUGGCUUGAAUGGAACUGGGUCAAAUGUGGUUUUCAUAUGUUUGAUACCGUUCCAUUUAUUCCAGACAUUAAUGAGCUUGUCCUAUAGCUCUUCCCAUCCUCCCCUGUUUAGGAUCAACUAUGCGGUCCUCUUAUGAAACUGUCAAGUCUCAAAGCAUAUAGCAUCAAUAGGUGUUAACUAUGUAGUCUCUGAAAAUAAUGCAUGACAUGCUAACUUGAAAGCAGCUAGUUCAAUCUGUGAAGCAGUUAAGGAUGGUAACAUGUUGAAAGGUUUUUGAGAAUCUUGUCUGUAGGUUCAGCAGAGUGACAUCCAUUGAGUUAGAUGAGGCAUCUUUAACAAUCACUUGGCCACUCGUGCUGAAAAAAAAUAGUAUACUGUCCUUUAUAAGGCUUUUGGAUUUUUAAUACUGCAUGUUUUGUGAAAUCUGUAGGUAUUUGUGCUAUAAAAAAAUAAAACAUUUGGUAUCAUACAGUG